AAAAUCACUCUCAAGUCUUCAUUCAAACAUGUUCCAAAAGUCUUUGAUCGUCUUGGCUCUUGCUCUUUUCUGUAUUUCCUCUUCCCAAGUGGUGUACUCACCGGAAGUCGUUGCUUCUCCAUACUACUAUGGAGCUGCUCCAGUUGCUGCCUCUGCCUACCCAUAUGCCUACGCUUACGGAGCUACCGCCUACCCAACUGCCUUCUAUGGAUGGGGAUCUAAUAAGGGACAACAAGCUCGAGCAUCUGCUGUUCCAACUCAAAAGUUGACCAACAAUCAGUAGAAGAUCUCAAGUUUUUGGAUAUGUGUAUUAUACGAAAAAAUGGCAUCAACAAUAAAUGAUUUUUCUUG